GGCUCAGUACCGCAGCGGCCGCCGCGGACCAAGCUCAAGUACUCGCCGCCGCCGGAGCCGAAAACCGCUGAGCUAUCGGAAAAAAUCGAACAGUGCGGCAAGAAUAAUAGCGUGCAGUGUGUGCGUGUCAAUAUGUUCCGAGGCGGGAUGAAAUUAAAGGAACGGUUUAUACUGGGAGUGAGUGUGGCGGCGGUUCUGUUCACGUUCCUCCUGGUGGUGGACAUCCAGAUGGACCUGGGGAUGUCGGGGCACCACCUGGUGCCCUCGCAUGGGAGGGUCAAGUACGUGCAGGAGGAUGCGGCGGGGUCGGCAUACAACAGCUUCAGGAAGAGGUUUCUACAGAAGACACACAGCGCGAGCAGUACAAACGCUUCGAAAGAAGUGGACGCGGCUCCGCACAGCCUGAAAGAGCUCCCUGAAAAAAAGCCCGCUCCCAGCAAAGAACCGAAAGAAAAGCACGACGAUUUCAGCGACCUUAUGGACUACAUGAUGUUGGACAGCGCUGAAAGGGAGAAACAUCGCGUUGAAAUUGAUCGAGUGCAUCCCGUCAUCCAGAAAAGCAUGGAAGGGGACCUGGUCAAGGUGGGCAACCCGACCAUUGCCCAGCUGCGCAAAGUCGCCGUAAGGGAGAACGCGACCGCCUUGGAGAAGUUCCAUCUGCAAAUUUCACAACAUGAAUUGUAUCCAGCUGACAGCGAGCUUGUGGAUGAGCUUAUACACGAAAUGGCGACAGAGCCCAUUCUGCAUGUCUCGCAAAAAAGCGGCGGCACUCAACUGAAGCUGGUGAUAGAUUACCCUAACCAUCUUCAGGCGUUGUUUAAGCCGAUGAGGUUCCCGCGGGAGCAGCAGACCCUUCCCAAUCACUUUUACUUCACGGACUACGAGCGCCACAAUGCCGAGAUUGCUGCCUUCCACUUGGACAGGCUUUUGGGCUUCCGAAGGGCCAUGCCUGUGACAGGGCGACUGCUCAACAUGACCACAGAGCUGUACCAAAAGGCCGAGGGGGAUUUACUCAAGACGUUCUUCGUUUCGCCGUCCGAUAACCUGUGCUUUCAUGGCAAGUGCACCUAUUAUUGUGAUACUUCACACGCCAUCUGCGGAAAUCCCGACAGUUUGGAAGGAAGCUUUGCCGCCUUCCUGCCCUCCAACGACGUCGCCGCCAGGAAGGUAUGGAGACACCCUUGGCGCAGAUCUUACCAUAAACGAAGGAAAGCUCAAUGGGAGACUGAAGACAAUUAUUGUGCGUUAGUUAGGGAGAUCCCGCCGUACGACCGCGGCCGGAGGCUUUACGACCUCAUGGAUAUGGCCGUAUUGGACUUUCUAAUGGGCAAUAUGGAUAGACACCAUUACGAGACAUUUAGAUUGUUCGGAAACGACACGUUUCCGCUCCACCUGGACCAUGGCAGGGGCUUCGGGAGGCCCUUCCACGACGAGCUGUCCAUCCUAGCCCCCAUUCUGCAGUGCUGCAUGCUGAGGCAGUCCACCCUCCAGACGCUCAUGAAAUUUCACAACGGGCCGAAGCUGAGCGAGGCCAUGAGGGAGAGCUUGGGCCGGGACCCAGUGGCGCCCGUGCUGUGGGAGCCCCACUUGGAGGCACUUGACCGCCGCGUGGAGAUCAUCCUUCGAGGAAUCAGGGACUGCCUCCAGAAAGGGGAGGAUUUGGGCUCGGAGCCGGGAGAUGAAGACACGUAGUAACGACUUGUACAAUAAUAAUGUAUAAAUCCUUGUAAAGCUGUGACAGAGCGAGAUUCAUGUAAAUAUUUUAUCCGUUACCAAAUAUGUUUUAGUCACUUUUAGACCAAAAAGCUAGUUUGUACAUACUUGUUGUAAAUUAAUUUGUAUAAAUAUUUUGAUAAGGGUGUCGAAUAAUGUUGUACGAUUUUCCUUGGGGUGCGGACACGUGCUCAUAAUUAUACCAAAGCUGACUGUAUUUGCAAUGUGAUGAAUAAAGUUACGUAAGACUU